GCCGGCAAACGUUAAAGACGCGCGCGUAUUCGCCAGCGCCAGCAGAAUCUCGAGAGCAAGUUGGACUUGCAGCUGCUACUGCUACAUGUAUUUGAUACUGCUGGGUAUUAUCGCCGGCGCUUAUCAACAAGCAAAUAUUGGUUGUCUGUCCACUAAAGGGCAAGGAAAUUAACAGCUUUGUGCACGCCCCAUUAAUACGGUGACGAUCUGCAGUGUUGUGAAACGCAGAAACGCGCGCAUCGCUCUCUCUAUCUCUCUCUCUCUCUCUUACUCUCUCGCCUGUAACCGUGCUGCCAACCCGUCGACAAAAAAAAAAAAAAAAGACGAGCUAUUAUAAUGGCCACUCUUGGAGCCUGGGACUAUGCCAUCCUGGCGGUGGUCCUGAUCAUUUCCAUUGUAAUCGGGAUCUAUUAUCGCUUCGUGGGCAACAAACAGAGCAACACAACGGAAUAUUUUCUGGCCGAUCGCUCCAUGGGCGUUACGCCAGUUGCAUUCAGUUUAAUGGCCAGCUUCAUGUCGGCUGUUACAAUACUUGGCGUUUCCAUGGAGAUGUAUCAGUAUGGCACCAUGUUCGUCAUCAUCAAUCUCUCCUAUGUGGUAUCAACGCCCAUUGCCGCCUAUCUGAUACUGCCGGUAUUUUAUCGCCUGAAAACAGCCAGCGUCUACGAGUAUCUGGAGUUGCGCUUUGGCUAUGCCACCCGCUUGACCGCCUCGCUGGCCUUUUCGAUACAGAUGAUUCUCUACAUGGGCAUUGUGGUGUAUGCCCCGGCACUGGCGCUGGAGGCAGUCACUGGCCUGAAUCAGAUCUUCUCGGUGAUAAUUGUUGGUGUGGUCUGCACCAUUUAUGCCACAUUGGGUGGCAUGAAGGCGGUGCUCAUGACAGACAUAUACCAGUCGAUCCUGAUGUUUGUUGCCGUUUUCAGUGUCAUCAUCUGUGCAUGGAUCAAGGCUGGCAGUUUCGGUGUCGUGUGGCGUACGGCGGUGGAGAAUGGACGUAUCGAAUUUAAUAACUUUAGCAUUGAUCCAACUACACGGCAUACCUGGUUUACGCAGGUCCUGGGCGGCUCCGCCACCUAUUUGGCCAUCUAUGGUGUGAACCAGGCGCAGGUGCAACGCCUGCUGGCCGUACGCAAUCUGCGCUCAGCACGUGCCGCUCUCUGGUGGUGUUUGCCCAUUCUGUGCCUGCUUAGCAUCAGCACUUGCCUAUCGGGCCUGUGCAUCUAUUGGUAUUAUCGGGACUGUGAUCCGUUGCUGGCAGGCCGUGUCAGUUCUCGGGAUCAGAUUAUGCCGCUGUUUGUCGUGGACACAAUGGGUGGCUAUGAGGGCCUGGCUGGCCUCUUUGUAUCCGGCAUCUUUUGUGCCAGCCUGUCGACCAUCAGCACGGCCAUCAGCUCGCUGGCUGCAGUCACGCUGGAGGAUUACCUAAAGCCGCUAAUGCUUUGCUGCACGAAACGCUCGCUCGACGAUCGCCAGACCAUGUGGUACUCCAAGCUCUUGUCUGUCUUCUAUGGCGCACUUUGUGUGGGCAUGGCGUUCUUGGCUGGCUCCAUUGGCGGGCUGCUGCAGGCGGCGCUGUCCAUCUUCGGCAUCGUUGGCGGUCCAUUGCUGGGCCUCUUCACGCUCGGCAUGUACGUGACGUCGGCAAAUCAGAAAGGCGCCAUUGGCGGUCUAUUAAUAUCGCUAGCCGCAUCCUUCUGGAUAGGCUUCGGUCAGCCGAGACCCCCGAUACCCAGCCUGGACAUGUCCACUGCUGGCUGCCCCGUUCAACGCAGCUUUGCCCGCGACAUACUGCUGCAAGCGGAUGCACAAUUCACAUCUGCUGCGGACCCUGAACCGGAGUCGUCCUAUUUCUACCUUUACCGCAUCAGCUACAUGUGGUAUGCCCCACUGGGUUUUCUCAUUGCUUUCUUCGGCGGCUGGCUGUUGUCCUGCUUGUUUGCGGCUUUCAACUGGGACAGCAAUCGUCACAUCUAUCAGGAUGCGGACUGCACACUGAUCAAGCACGAUCUCUUUGUGCCGCCUAUCGCCAAGCGUUUGCAGCGCCGCCAAAUGCCGCGUGUUGUCGUGACCAACACCAGCAGCUGCAGCCAAAGAAGCAGCUGCAGCCAAAGAAGCAGCAGCAUUAAGGAACAGAAGCCUACGGCACCCCCGCCGGAUUGGCAGGACACAUUACCAGCGUCGGUGGCGGGUGCGGGGGCGGGCAAGCAACGUACACUGGCAUAGAAGCACAAUAUUAAUUUAUUUAAUU